UGUUACCGUUUAGAAAGACUAAAGGUCGUGGCAAUCUGGAUUCUACACUUGGACUGAAAUGUUGUCAGGAGUACUAACUGUGCUUUUCUUAUCUUUCUCUGUAUUUGGACUGCCCGGUUAUCGCUUGAAGAUACCUAACGGAAUCAACGUUCCCAACCCGUGUACCAAUGUUUUCGGAUUAUGGAACGGAGUGGGGCACAAUAUUGCAAAUGGAGGAGGCUCUCUAAAUCCGUUUGGCCAGGAUUUUAUGGACGCUAACUACACCUGGACUCAGGAGCUAUGUGGAAAAGACUCGGAUUCGGAUGGAAAAAUUAACGGACUUGAACUCGGAGACUUUAACUGUUCCUGGUUUGAAGGACAGCCUCCCAUGGGGGACCCCACAGGACAUCCAGGUAUAUGCGAGCCAAUGGACGAUCCUAAAUGUUUAAAAAUUAACGAAGCCGUUACAUGUUUGUGAGGUGUUAAUCAAAUUUUCUAUAAACUUUUAUUUUAUAUU